UUUCCCGGUCUGUACUGGUGGAUACAAAAGUCGUGCUCCCUUGCCAUCCUACCCUGUUGAAAACAGAGUUGAUGACAUGGGAAAUAAUCCUCAGAGACAAGCCUCCCUGCACCAGAGCCUACAGGAGAGAUACAAAUGAGACCAGGGAACUAAACUGUACUGACAAGAGAAUAACCUGGGCCUUCCGACCUGACCAGACUUCUACCCUUCAGAUUGAUCCAGUGGCCAUCGCUCAUGAUGGGUAUUACGGGUGUCAGAUGGCAACACCUGAUGGGAAUUUCCAUGUGCGCUAUCACCUCCAAGUGUCAGUGGCCCCUGAGGUGACCCUGUUUCAAAGCAAGAAUAAAACUGUGGUGUGCAAGGCAAUUGCAGGGAAGCCAGCUGCACAGAUCUCCUGGACCCCAGAAGGAGAUUGUGUCACUGAGCAAGAAUAUCUGGACAAUGGCACAGUGACUGUCCAGAGUACAUGCCACUGGGCAGAUAGCGAUGUGUCUACUGUGUCCUGUUCUGUCUCCCAUUGGACUGGCAACAAGAGUCGGUCCAUAGACCUGAGUCAAGGUGCCCAAAUGCUGGAAAACAUAAGUAUUCUAUAUAUCAUCCUCCCUAUUUUUAUUAUUUUGGUCAUCGUGGGAUCCAUUUGGUUCUUGAAAAUCAGUGGUUGCAGAAAAUGUAAAUUGAAAAAAACAGAAGCUACUCCAGUUGAGGAGGAUGAAAUGCAGCCCUAUGCUAGCUAUACAGAGAAGAAUAAUCCACUCUAUGACACUACAAACAGAGUGAAGACACCUCAAGUGUUAUAAAGUGAAGUUAAUAAGAUGGAUCUUCAUACUUUAUAAAUUACUGGAAUCUAGCACCAGAAGAAAUGAAUCAAGAUACAGCACAGUUAUUGUUUUGAUUUUCUUAGCAUUCUAGGAAGAAAGACCUAUUUUUGAAAUGAGCUUUUCAAAGAUUCUUAGAAGACAGAGACAUUCUAAAGGAUUUGCAUUCAUAUCUUUAUACAAUUGAAAUUUUAAAAUCUUAGCUGCUACCAGCUAGUUUUCUGAAGAACUGAUCUAUUACUAAGAAAGCACAUGUUCAUGAUAAAAUAUUCAGAUUAUUCAGUGUAGUAGAUAAUGAAAACUGAGUUUCCUCAAGAAAUAACUCUGCAGAAGCAAUCAUCAACAGUUUUUAUGUAUUCUUUCAGAAAAUUAUAUGUGCAUGUGACAAGUCUGUAUAGACAUGGUAUAUGUGUACACUUAUAUGUCUAUUUAGAUAUGCAUACACGUUUCCUUGUCAACACAGAAAUGGGAACAUGUUAUAAUGCUGUUCUGUACUUAUAGAAAACUAAUACAAUAUGUCUUGAAGAUAGUUUAUCUUUUAUCAACAGAAGCAGAGCUACCUCAUUCUUUUUGAUAGAUACAUAAAAUUUUAUUGUAUGGUUGUGUCAUUAUUUAAUUAAGCACAAAUCUAGUGAUAAGUUAGAUUGUUUUAAGUUUUGUUUUGCUAUUAUCAACAAUGCCAUAUAGUAUGUUUCUUGUGGAUAUAUGUCUCUGUAUUUGUUUGAGUAUAUUUAUAGUGUAAUUUCCUUGAGUGGAAUUGCCAGGUCAAAGGGUUUGUGCAUUUUUAGUAUUGAUUGAUAUGUCAAAUUGUAUCAAUUUACAUUCCCUUCAACUGUGUUUGAAUGUGCCUUUACAGUUAUUUUAAUAUCUGCAAGAUUCUCACUUUCUGUUUUCAAUCAAUCAGUUAGCUAAUAUAAUGUAAGAUUAUAAUAAGAAUCAUAUUAUUUAAUAAACCAGACAUAUCUUUCUGCCAUGUUUGAGAGAGAGAAAGAGAGAUUGUGAUAGAGAGAGAGAAUGAGAAUAUGUAUGAGACAUUAGCUUCCUCUGAGCUUGUUAUAUCUCUAUAGAGGUAUUGAUAUCUAAUAUCUUAUGCUUAAGAUGUUGCACAUAUGAUAAACUGGAAAUAUGUAUUUUUAUAGUAUACAUUCUAUUGUUAUAUUUAUCAAAUAACAAUUGUUCAUUGACUAUAUAAGCAACUAAAUAUGCAUAAGUAGGACUUGUAAAUCUAUAAAAGAUGGUCUUAUAUAUGUCUUACUGCUAAAUUGUACACUUGAAACUUACUGGAUUUCAUUAACCAAUUUCACCAUAAUUAAAAAUAAAAAAGAUGGUCUGACCCUCCCCUCCAUUUUUCUGUGGAAUAAAAUAUUAGG